GUUGUUUUGUUCCUGGUGUUAUAAGAACUAAAUGUCUGCACUGAGAAUUGAAAACAUGAAUCAAAUAUGCAUUGGAUUUUGUGUGAUUUUGUCCCUCUUCAGUGGGAACUUUGCAAACAUCGCCUACAAAAAUGGACAGGAGGUACUAGUCGAUUGUGACCCCAAACAGGCCGGCGUCAUUACAUUCUGGUUUCAAAUAAAAACAAGUGGUCCAAAGUAUUUGUUCACUGUUAAAGGCGCAGAUGUAAAGAGUAAUACUGAUAAAGAAAAAUACAUAGUGAAAACAGGUGGUAAGGUUAGUUUGGCCAUUCAGAAUUUCAAUAAAGAGACAGACAGUGGUUUCUACACCUGCGCAGCCAUGAACAGCAAUCAACUCAUGUUUGGAGAGAUGACUGAAAUUAUUGGACAACCAGAUCCAACAUCCUCACCUCCAAACAUUGCUCCAUUACCAUCUACAACAACAACUACGACAAAACCACAGUGUAUAUGUCCAAAAAAAGUCAAGUCCAGUAUCAACUGUGAGAUUUGGAUAUUGUCAUCUCUGGCCUCUGGUUGUGUUCUUCUCCUUAUUCUGCUGAUCAUCACAAUUUUGUACUGCAACCGUUUAAGAACAAGACGAUGUCCCCACCAUUACAAAAGACAACCCAGACCUGCUGGCCAUGCAAAACUGCCCAACAACCACUUCUAGCUCCAGUAAAGUCACAGGAAAGUCCAAUACUGGUUCAAGAUCUCAAUUUCUUCUCAAUAAGCAAAUUUAAAAGCAGUUUCUUUCUUCAUUAUUAUGAAAAUGUUUAAGACAUCUCUAUUUCUUUUCCAGUGAGUUUAGACAAUUUUUAUAAUCAUUAUCUCUUUGUAUCUGUUAGGGUUUCAUUUAAUACUAUGACAUACAUCAGACUGUUUUAUUUUUAUUUUUUUAUCUUAAUCUGUUCCUACUUAAAUAUUUUGUGUUUGCUUCAAUGUAGGCUUAUUAAAAAUGAUGUCAAAAAUGAUCACAAAAGCAUUUUAAGCUUUAAAUUACAUCAUGUUCAAUGUCACGUUGCAUAAUUGUAAUCUGUUUAAAAGGGAAAUCUGCCAUCUGCUGGCCGUCAGUGAUAUGAAGAACCUCAGAUCAUUCUCUGUGCUGUACAUUGUGCUCAGAUAUAAUCAUCACAGAACAACAUUCCUGUUGCUGUCUAUUUCUACAUUCAAUUGUAACUAAAGUUCAGAUGCAAAUAAACAAAACAUGAAGUGUUCAUACCAUACACCCAUAUCAGUGAUGUAAGGAAUUAAGGUCUUGAAUAUUUAUCUCUUACAUUUUGAUUUGUAAAUGACGCAAAGUUGGUUUGUGGCAGAGCACCACCAUGUGGCCAAUAGGAGCAAUAAUGAAUUGUGUAUGCUGUAUGAUUCUCAGAGGUUUGUAAACGCAAAGUGCUCAAACAAUGCAGACUGUCUGUCAAUUCAAUAAAUAUGAACAUAUACUGUACA